AUGUUUAAUUUUUUCAAUAACUUGGAGAUAGCAAAAAAUAAAAUUAUCAAUCACCUUCAUAAAGAACUAUUUGAAGAAAAAAAUAAAGAUGAAUCGUAUUUUAUUCCAGAAGAAAGAAAUAUGAAUUGUUGUAAGCAAACGUCAGUAGAUUUAUGUGUAUCAAGAGAAAAAAGCCCCUCAAAAGAAAAUCAUAUAAAUGAAGAGGAUAUAAUAUAUGAUCAUAAUAAUAAUAAUAAUAUAAUAGAUAGUAUCAAAAGAGAAACACUUAUUCAAAGCAAUCCACUUGAAGAAGAAAAGAAAGACAUAAUAACUAACAUUUUAAUAAAAAAGGAUAAAAUAGAAAAAAAUAAACAAUAUGAUAUGAUACCUUUAAAUGAUAAUCAAAAUGUAUUUAUAGAUUUUGAGUGUAAUCAGAACGAUGCUUCAAAUGAAGAAAUGUAUUAUGAUAAGAUAAAAAUAAGAACCCAUGAAAAAAUAUGUAAUAAUACUUUUGAAGAUUAUAAAAAUGAAGAGAAUGAUAAAUGUGUAAGUAAUAAUAAUAAUAAUAUAUAUUAUGAUAAUAAAAAAUGUGAUAAUCUUCAUUUUAAUACACCCAACUGUUAUACUAAUAAAAAUGAAUUUGCCUUAUUGGAAAAAAAACAAAAUUACGUUGAUUCUUUAUUAAUAUCAAAAAAUAAAAAAAAUUAUAUUAAAAAAAAAGAAAAUUUAAACGAUAACAUAUUAUCAUAUUGUGUUAUAAAUAAAGAUGGAGAAAAUGAAAUGAACGGUUCGAUUUUUGAACCCAUCAUAGGUGUAAUAAAAAAUGAAGAAGAAAAAAAAGAAGAAAGUUCCAUCCAAUAUCAUAAUCAAAAUGAAAUAAAAAAAAAUAAUCAAAAAGAUGUAUCAGUAGAAACUGAAUUUUAUAUGAAUGAUUCUCUUUUAGAUAGUCUUGAAAAAGUGUUAAUAAAAAAUGUAAGUUUAAAUUUUGGAAGGGAAGAUUAUAUCAAUUUAUUUGAAGAUAUAGUGACCUCAACAAGAGAUGUAAAGGGGGGUAAUGAUAAAAAAGAAAUUAACAUAAAGGAAAAGAAUCUCUACAAUAAUAAAUAUAAUAAUAAUGAUGGUUGUUCAGAUGUUUGUGAGAAGGACAAAAAAAAAAAUGAUGAAAUAAAAAAAAAUGAACAUUUAGAUAUGUUAUCAAAAUUACUUAUGAGUGAUAUGAAAAGCCUUUUUACAGAUACCAUUUACUGCUAUUCAGAUUUGAAUAAAAUAAAUAAUUUUAAUAAUAUGAUAGAUAAAUAUAUAGAAGAAAUAAAAACAUUAAAGAAAAAAGAAAAAAUAUUAAACGAUAUAAACGAAAGACAAACAUAUCAAUUACUACAACUAUCUGGACAAAUAUCACAUAUAAAAACUGAGCAAGAUAUUUCUCAUGAUAUAUUGAAUGAUGAUAUUAGAUUAAGUGAAAAAUAUGAAUAUAUGGAAAAAGAAAUUAAAAAAUUAGAAAAAGAAAAUGAAAAUCUACAAAAUCUUUUAAAAGACAAAAUGACAUAUAUGAAACAAAAUUUCCAAUUAAAAUGUUAUAUACAAAAUAUGCAAGAAGAUAUAAAAAAUAAAAACUUCUUAUACACAAAAAUUAAUGAACAAAAACAUCAACUUGAAAACAAAUUAAUAAAAUAUUAUGAAUAUAUACAAAUUAUAAAGGAAGAUCUAUAUGGAUAUAAAAAAUUACUUUAUGAUAUAAAAAUAAAUGAAAACAACCUAGUCAAUAGAUUUAAAAUGUUUUUAAGAAAUCAUAAAAAUUGGUAUCAUGUGAAAUAUUAUAAACGUGGGAAGGGAAGUGACGCAUGGCAUAUGCAAACAAAAAGAAAAAAAAAAAAAAAAAAAAAAAAAAAAAAAUAUGCACAAUUGAAGGGGGAAAAUAUAAAAACUGUAAAAUUAUUAAAAGAGAUAGAUAAUGAUAUGACACAUGAAAAUUAUGAUGAUAAUAUGUUACAUGAUAAUAAUGAUGAUGAUAAUAUGUUACAUGAUAAUAAUGAUGAUAAUAUGCUACAUAAUAAUAAUAAUGGUGAUCAUAAUAUGUUACAUGAUAAUAAUGAUGAUCAUAAUAUGUUACAUAAUAACAAUAAUGAUGAUAAUAUGUUACAUAAUAAUAAUAAUGAUGAUAAUAUGUUACAUAAUAAUAAUGAUGAUACUAUUAAUGUGAUCCAUGAGAAAGCAUCAUCAAACCAUCAUGUAUUAUCAUGUAAGACCCAAAAAAAUACGACCAUUAAAAACAUAUCAAAUUAUAAUCUUACUAAAAAUUGUUUACAAGAAGAACUAAUAAACAAAAUUAAUUAUUAUAAGUAUCAAUUAGAUGAAUAUAAAUCUAUAUAUAUGAAAAAUAAAAAUAAUGCUCAUAGUCAAUUGAGGGAAACAAAAAAAUUACUUUCAUAUGAAAUUAAAAAAAAUAAAAUGAUUGAGAAAAAAUAUGAGCAUCUUUCAAAUAAAUUUCAAGACAUAUAUACUACAUUUAAUGACGAAAAACAUAAAAUUAAUAAUAAUAAUAAUAAUAAAAAUGAUGAUAAUAAAAAUCCUUGUGAAAAGGAUGCUAUGCCAACACAAGAACUUUUGAAUGAAAUAAAUCUUCUAACGGAAGAAAUCAAAAAAUUUAAAGAAGACCAAAUAUUGUUACAACAAGAUGUAAAUAAUAAGAGUAAAAUUAUAUCUCAUUUAAUAAAAAAACACGCUCUCAGUGAGGAGCAUUUUAGGUUAGACAAAAGUUUCAACAUUUUUAACAACAAAUUGACUUAUGAUGAAAUGAAAAAAGUUAUGGAAGAGACAUUAAUUGAAAACAUUCGAUUGAGAACUGAUUUAAUGACUCUUGCCAAAAGUAUAAAUAAAUAA